CGCUCUAAUAAUGUUUUGAAGUCGACAUCAAAUUAAAAUACAGUCAAACAUUGCGAUCACAUGUUUAGCACAUUUAUAGACACAACUACUUGAUUACCAUUGAUUUGAUUCACAAAAUUAAGAGAUAAUAAUAAAGAAGUGGUGAUAAUAAUAAUAAUUUUGGUGACCAAUUGGGUGGACACACACACCGAGACACAAACAAUGGCCAAAAACAGUAUAAACACCGACGAGUUGUUAAGCGAAAUACAAAAUCUGGCCAUAAAACCGACACAGAAGCUGAUCCACAGUCGCGACUAUCACGACCCGAACCGACCGCAUGCAAAGUUCGUCCAACAGUUGGCCCGAUCGCACAUCGAGUCGUUUAACUUUAUGAUUGAAGAAGGACUACAAAAAGGGAUUCAGAAUCUACGGCCGCUUGAGUUUGCCUUAUCGACGGGCGAGAGGAUUAGGAUACAGAUAAUUGACUUUGCUAUCUUCAAUCCUGUUGUCCACAAGGACUCGAUGUCGAGGACUGUUCACGUUUAUCCAUCAGAAUGUAGAAUUAGAAGGACCUCCUAUAAAGGUAAACUUCAUCUGACUUUUUCGUGGAGUAUUGACGGAAAAAUGCAAGAAAUUAUCGAAGAGUUUGUCGGAGAGAUACCUAUUAUGGUUAAGUCAAAUCGGUGUAACAUUGAGAAGUUAACCCGAAAACAAUUGGUUAAACAUAAAGAGGAUACUGAAGAAUUUGGCGGCUAUUUUCUGGUCAAUGGUAAUGAACGAGUGGUUAGACUAUUGACGGCUCAGCGAAGAAAUUAUCCACUGGCACUUUCACGAAAAUCUUGGAAAGAUAGUGGUCAACUGUUCUCACAAUACGGCAUUUCUAUGCGCUGCGUACGGCCCGACCAAAUGGGAUCCAAUAUGAUUCUUCACUAUUUGACAAACGGAACGGCUAGACUGCGAUUCUGGUACGCACGACAACCCAUUUAUCUGCCAUUGAUUAUGGUAUUGAAAUCGUUGGUCGAUGUCUCCGAUAAGUAUAUAUUCAAUGAGUUGACAAAAGGCAAACAAGAGGACACAUAUUAUAAGAGUUGUGUAACAAAUAUGUUGCGUCUCGUUCAGGACGAAAACUUGUAUACAUCCCAACAGAUUAAGAAAUAUAUUGGCGAACGAUUUCGGGCCAAAUGUCACUGUCCCGAAUGGUAUACAGAUGCCGAAGUUACCGAUUUUUUGCUCAGAGAAUGUGUAGCCGUUCAUCUGACAUCACCACAAGACAAAUUCAAUCUAUUGGUUUUCAUAACCAGAAAAUUGUUUGCAUUGGCCAAAGGCGAGUGCGCUCAAGAAAACCCCGACAAUCCCAUGUUUCACGAAAUCUUUCUGAGCGGACACAUCUAUUUUACACUACUUCUGGAUCGAAUGUCUUCGUAUUUGACAUCUGUUAAGUUUAUUAUCGACAAACUGUUACAAACGGCAGAAAAAAGUGGUAAUCGAUGUCAACUGACACCAAUGAUACUGAAGAAAGCGUUGACAUCGAAAUUCAGUGAAAUUACUCGUCCGCUUGAAUACCUAUUGUCGACCGGCAAUCUACGCUCCAGUUCCGGUCUAGGAAUACAACAAACAGCUGGUAUUACCGUAAUGGCUGAUAAAAUUAAUUGGAUGCGAUUUUUAUCGCAUUUUCGGGCCGUACAUCGAGGUGCUUUUUUUGCCGAAAUGAAAACUACUGCCUGUAGAAAAUUAUAUCCCGAAGCCUGGGGUUUCCUAUGUCCAGUUCAUACGCCUGACGGUUCUCCUUGUGGUCUGCUUAACCAUUUGGCCGAAAUGUGUAUUAUAACCAAUUAUCAGUCUGCUAUACGUAAUGUUGUUGAAAUUCUUUACGGAUCCGGUAUGGAACCGAUUGACACUCCCAUUUGUAUCGAUGAAACCUAUCUGAAUGUAUCACUUGAUGGUAAAAUGAUUGGUUUCAUUAAAGAUAGUUUAGCCGAUAGUGUUGUCACUCAUUUGCGGACAUUGAAAGCCACUAAUAAACAGAGAGUACCGCCCACUCUUGAAAUCGGUUUUGUGCCGAAGUCGGACAAAGCCACUCAAUAUCCGGGUAUAUAUCUGUUUUCAACUCCGGCCCGUAUGAUGCGUCCAGUGUUUAAUUUGCGGACACAAACACUUGAAUUGAUCGGUACGUUCGAACAGGUCUAUAUGGACAUAUGUGUCACGGCUAGUGAACUAAAACCCGGUAUUACCACUCAUCAGGAGCUAAAGGAGACAAGUAUGUUGAGUGUAUUAGCCACACAGAUACCGUAUCCGGAUUUUAAUCAAAGUCCGCGUAAUAUGUACUCGUGUCAGAUGGGAAAACAAACAAUGGGUACACCCAGUCAUACGCUGAAAUAUAGAUCAGAUAACAAAAUGUAUACCAUAUUGAGUCCACAGUCUUGUUUAGUGCGGCCAACAGCUCACGACUACUACGAAAUGGAUAACUAUCCGCUCGGUACUAAUGCUGUCGUUGCUGUGAUUUCCUAUACCGGUUACGACAUGGAAGACGCUAUGAUAUUGAACAAGGCUACCGUUGAGAGAGGUUUCAAACACGGAUCCAUCUAUAAGACAGAGAUUGUCGACUUACGAGAGAUCGGAGGUAUAAAAGGCUAUUCGUCGGAAAUUGUUUUUUCGUUUGGCCGUAAAGAAGAUAAUGAACCUUUAGAUGGUUUUGUCGAUAUGGAUGGACUGCCGUUUAUCGGUACAAAAGUCGAUUACGGCGAUCCGAUUUGCAGUUACUUUGAUUUGACAACUGGCGAUACUGUAGUCAAGAAAUACAAAUCGCUGGAAACGGCCUAUAUUUACGACGUUAAACUGUUAGGCAACGAUUCUGGUAAAACUGUUCUCCAAUCGGUGGCCAUUACCUAUUGGAUUCAUAGGCCGCCGAUUAUUGGCGACAAGUUUGCCAAUAGACACGGACAGAAAGGUGUCUGCAGUGUUCUAUGGCCUCAAGAAAAUAUGCCGUUCACUGAGGGUGGUAUGACUCCCGAUAUUAUUUUCAAUCCGCAUGGUUUUCCAUCCCGUAUGACUAUCGGUCAAAUGAUCGAAAGUAUGGCCGGCAAAACGGGUUCAAUGUACGGUACGGUACACGACGCUACACCGUUUGUAUUUUCCGAAGACAAUGUGGCUUCCGAUUAUUUUGGUAAACUUCUCGAAAAUGUUGGCUUCAAUUAUUACGGUACCGAACGAAUGUAUAGCGGAGUCGAUGGCCGCGAACUGGAAGCCGAAAUAUUUAUCGGUGUUAUCUACUAUAUUCGACUCAGACAUAUGGUUGGCGACAAAUAUCAGGUACGAUCUACCGGUCCGAUCGACAAUUUGACUCACCAGCCGGUCAAAGGUCGCAAACGGGCCGGCGGUAUACGUUUUGGUGAAAUGGAAAGAGACUCGCUGUUAGCUCACGGAACCUCUUUUCUACUACACGAUCGACUAUUCAAUAACUCAGACAAGACAGUGGCUUAUAUGUGCCAUAAGUGUUCGUCACUAAUAUCGCCAUAUUGUGCGGCCAUUGACAACGACUACAAUAGCGGACACUCGAAAAAACAGUGGAAGUGUCGACUGUGCGAUUCAAGCGACGAUAUCAAAGUUGUUGCCAUUCCUUAUGUCCUACAAUAUCUUGUGGCCGAAUUGGCCGCCGUUAACAUUAAAGUCAAAUUUGAUAUCAAAAGUUAA